AAGGGCUGUCAUGUUUGCUUUGGGGCCAGGAGUGUGCAUAUGCGAAUGCCUCAAAUCGAUGCAGCCUUGGCGCGCUACUGGGGCCGGCAGGGGUCUGAAGCUCGUAGGUAACCAGAGCUACGCGGCGUAAGGCAAGCUCCACCACGACAUCGCCAUCUACACGACUCUCUUGUCUAUCUUCUGCGUCCGACGUGUGCUUGCUUCUAUAGAGUAGGGUUAGCUACAAUAGAGCCUCCUUUCGCACAUUCACAGCCAUGUCGUCACCCUUCUCAAUAGACGGCGGCGCCUGCGUAGCCAUGGUGGGCAAAGACUGCGUAGCCAUAGCCUGCGAUCUCCGUCUCGGCAUGCAAGCCCUCACCGUCUCCAACAACUUCCCCAAGAUCUUCCAGUACGGCGACGUAUUCCUGGGCCUCACGGGUCUCGCCACCGACGUCGCCACCGUGUCCGACCUGUUCCGCUACAAAGUCAACAUGUACCGUCUGCGGGAGGAGCGCAACAUCGCGCCCCAAACCAUGGCGAAUCUCGUGAGCUCCUCGCUGUAUGAGAAGCGCUUUGGACCGUACUUUAUCAGCCCAGUAAUUGCCGGCAUCAACCAGACGAGUGGAAAGCCGUUCAUCUGCGGAUUUGACUCGAUUGGGUGCAUCGACUUUGCCAAGGACUUUAUUGUUAGUGGGACAGCAAGUGAUCAGUUGUUUGGUACUUGCGAAGGACUGUGGGAGCCAGAUCUGGGCCCAGAAGACCUCUUCGAGACCAUCUCACAAGCGCUGCUCAACGCUGUCGACCGAGACGCACUGUCAGGUUGGGGAGCGCACGUCUACAUCAUCGAGAAGGACAAGGUAACCAAGCGGUUACUGAAGGGCAGGCAAGACUGAGCGGACCGAUGGCAUGCGGUGGCGCUAUGGAAUACAACAACCGUGGAGCACGAGACCAAGCCAAGGGUCCGCUUCAAGGCUGACAUGAUGAAUAUGAUUACGGGAUGACAUCUGAAAGGCAUCUGUAUCAAUUAGAUAUGCCUAUUCCACCAACGGCGGACAAGGUGGACGGAU